AUGAUUAUCCCAGUAAGAUGCUUUACAUGUGGCAAAGUAAUAGGAAAUUUAUGGCAACAAUGGCUCGUUUUACUACAAAAUGAUGUUUCAGAAGGGGAAGCACUAGAUAAAUUGGGCUUAAGGAGAUAUUGUUGCAGGAGAAUGGUUCUGACUCAUGCAGAUCUUAUAGAGAAGCUACUUGCAUAUAACAUACAUGAGAAGAAAACUUUAAUGAAUUAG